AUGGCAGUUACGGAGGCUAAGACGGCAGCGUUUGCUCGUCUGUAUGAGGAGCUAGGGAACAAAGGCGGGGAGAAGAAGCUAUUCCGACUCGCUAAGGUGAGAGAGAGGACGGCUCGGGAUCUGGACCAAGUGAGGUGCAUAAAAGAUGAUGACGGUGAUCAGGAUAUUGUACUAGGUGAUUUGCGAAAUGCCGACAGCCCACGUGAGAUAAGUGAUUGUAUAGACAUUAAGGUCGAUAAGGUCAUGGAGGCAACGCGUAAGAUGAGGAGGGGCAGAGCUACCGGGCCAGACAAAAUUCUGGUUGAACUUUGGAGGUGUGUGGGCAGAGCAGGCUUGAAAUGGCUUACUGGGUUGUUUAAUGUUAUAUUCAAGACUAAUAGGAUGCUUGAAGAGUGGAGGUCGAGUACAAUGGUUCAGUUGUAUAAGAACAAAGGCGAUAUCCAGAGCUACAACCAGUUCGGGUUCAUGCCAGGGCGAUCUACCACAGAAGCUAUCCACCUUAUUAGGAGGAUGGUGGAACAAUAUAGGGAUAAGAAGAAGGAUCUCCACAUGGUGUUUAUCGAUCUAGAGAAAGCGUACGACAGGGUUCCUAGGGAGGUUGAGCAGGACGAAGACGGAAUAUCUCGAGUGCAAAUUUGGGCCCGAGCCGACGGACGCGGGAGUGGAAGUGAGGCUUGA